AUGAAAACCCGCCAGCUGCCUGCGACCACGACGACGGUCUCGUUUCGAGCCAAACAGCGGGAUGUUGUGGGCGGCAUGAGCAGGCUGGGGAUGCCCUGCGAGCGGGAGCGGAAGCACGAGGCCGCCAAGCGGGAGAGGGAGGAGCGGGAGGAGCAGCUGAAGCGGGACAAGGCGACGGCGGCGGCAGCAGCGGCGGCACAACGGGUGCGUCUGCACAAUCGCAGGACAGGAGUUGGAGGAGUCGAUGGAGAUCUCGGCAAGCCAAGGAGGAAUCCAUAUCUCAAGGGAAUCGUUCAAAGGGCAGCUGGACUAGGAGGAGCACCAAAUGUCACAGGAGUUCGGACGGGAAAAUUUGCCAAUAGAGCAGUAAAUGCAAGCGAGGAUCGAAAGGACGAGCAGGACGAGUACGAUGUGAAGGCCGAUCGCCUGAGGCAGCAGCUCGAGGAGCUGGCCGCCAUGUCGGAGCAGGAGUUCGAGGUGAAGUUCCGCCAGUGGCUGGACCAGGAGGGAAUCGCCCGGGAAAUGCACUCACACCUGCGGGUGGAACUCAUCCAUUGCUUCAAUAAUACGGCACUCGGUCAGCUCCUCAGCAAGGCGGCUGGUGUGCAGAUGGCCCACUCGCACGCCCUCCUCCUCUCUCCGCUGGCCAUGAUCCUGCACACUUUGGUGGCGGAGUUCCUGCACUCCCAGAACUGCCACUUCACCCUGUCGGUCUUCUGCAGCGAGACGCCGCAUCGCCACAAGCUGCCCGACUUCAGCCGUCGUCCGGAGUUCCGUUUCCGCCAGGAGGAACUGCAGCAGGUCCUGACCGCCGUACUGGGCGGUGAGGAUUCGCCGGAGGAUCCCGAAUUUAACCAGCUAGUGGUUUCCCACUACGAGGAGGACCUGGCGGGUCAGACGCAGUGUUUGCUGAUGGCCCUCCUGCGAUCUCUGGUGGAGAUUAGGACUAGAAACUCGGAGAAGGAGAAGGAGGAGGUAAUCCCAGUUAUUUCGACUAUUCCCGCUUCCCUGCAAGAUUCCGCCUGCCAAACGGAACCCAUGCACUCGCCCUUUUUGGCAGCCCAUUCCGAGGUGGACACCAGCAAUCUCUACCAGGCGGAGGAGCACGAGCUAAUCCUGGGCGCCGAUGGGCGAAGUGUCUUUGUGGGCGGCCGCGUCUCCCAAUCCCUGCACUCCGUGGAGCAGCAGCUCAGCCAGCUGAUGCGCAAUCUCCGCCAGCUGGCCAAGUCCUGUGCUCCGCCAAUCGAGGUGAUAUCCGCCGCCAGGUUCGAGAAUCUCCUCCAGAAGGAGCUGGCGGAAAGGGAGCGCCUCCUGAAGGCGGGCCAGGCAUUUGAUCCCAGCGAAACGGUCACCAAGUUGGCCAAGCCCGUCGAAGAGAAGGAGGAGGAGCAGCCGGCGGGGCCCAGGGACGAGGUGGUCCAGUCCGAUGUGGGUCCCAUUCAAUUGCCCGUCCUGGACGUGGCCAUUCCCCGGCUGCCCUACCUGCAGAGCGAGCAAUUGGCCAGCCUGGCCGUCAUCCGGCAAUCCCUCGAGAAGGUGCAGCGAAAGGCGCGACAGCCGCAGGGCAGGAUGUACGUGUCCAUGGAGCGAAUGGAGAACCUUAUGGGCGACAUCGCCACCUGUGUCCAGCUGCUCGGCAAUGUCCUCAAUCUCUCCAUGGAGCAGGAGCACGCGGUGGGGCUGCACAAGGGCUUCAAGACGGGCUACCGCGAGGGAUUCGCCCACGGGCAUUUUAUGGGCCUGCAGGAGGGUCAGAAGCAGGAGCAGUUCGACCAGCGGAAGAGGGAGCGGGAAAGGCAGAGGCGGGAGAUCGGCACCCAGGUGGAGGUCAGGAGACCCACUGUCCACUGUCGGGGUAGCCAAACCUCGAGGCGGUCAACUCACCUGGCCAAUAGCCACACGCAAACCAAGGAGAAGAACCUAAAAGAUGCCGCCAAUCAGGCUAAUCUCCUGCUGGAACCCUCGCAAAAGUCCUACGAACAGUGGAUCCACGAGAUGUUGCACAGCUCCAGUGGCCAAGUGUUCCUCGAACGGGUCGAGCUCUCGCUGAAGAAGGCCUUGGAGCUGCAGAAGGAGCGGCUGGACGAGCUCUUCCAGGUGAAGUUGCGGCACCAGGCCGAGAUGCUGCGGCUCAGCAGGCGACAGAACUCCUGGCGGACGCUGUGCAAACGUGUGGAGCGGGACUCGCAAUCCUCGACGGAGGCCCGGGAUCUGGUGCAGAAGAUCUUCCGGCUGCUGGAGCACUACGAGUCGCAUCACCAGCAGCUGGCGGAGAAAAUCCAGCAGACGGAGAUCGCGGCGGAGCAGGCGGCCCGCAUCCUGCCCCUUUGGGCGGAGGAGCAGGGCCAGGGUGUCGAUGGUAACGCCGCUCCUGGCAACUGGAACUCAGCGAUGUCGACUACGCCCACUUCGAGUGGAAUGCGCACACCGGCACCUCCAGAUCCUCCAGCUCCUCCGGCUACCGCUCCUGCUCCUCCCUUGGAACGCCUGGGAUAUCCCUACCAAUUGCUGGCACUUGGCCCGCCAGGUGGAAUCCCAGUUGCCGGCGCCUUUGUGUCCGUGAAUCCACGACUUUCUGUCCACUUUGCAAGGGAUCUGGAGCAACCGCCACGCAGCAGGCCAACUGUACCUCCUGAGAAACCCAGUGAUACUAAACCUUCUACUCCGCGAAAUGAUAAUAUACCCAGGUAAGCUAACCAACUUGCUCUGAAGUUCUCUAUUCAACCAUCAUGAGUUUCCAGGGAACCUGCUGCUCCGAAAGUUCCUCCAGUUCCUGCUCCUCGGGAUCCUAAGCCAUCACCCGAGGUCAGUGCUCUGCCCUCCAAUGCAUCCAUCUCAGAUGUACCUCCUGCACCUUCUGAUCCUCCCAAGCCUUCAAUGCACUCCGUGGCCACCAAUACGAUGGCUCCACCUGCAGUGCCACCUAAAAUGACACCACUUAAGCAAUCUUCUAGACAAUCCCCGACAGGUCCGAGCUUCGAAGAGGCUUUACUGAGUGCCAAAAAUCGCAUGCUGCAGCUGGAACAGGAGAGCGACCUGCUCGAGCAGAGUUUCCUCAGCUAUCUGGAGAAGGCCAAGUCGAAGUCAGGCGCCCCGAAAGGUGGCGCCACCGAGGAGGCAUCCUCCGCCUCGAUCCGCUCGCGGAGGAUCCGCUCCAGUUGCCUGCGCGAACGUGACCAGAUGAAUCGCACUUUGGACGGCUUUCGGGAUUGGCAUCGACGCGUCCGCAAGGAGGAUGCCGCCAGUCUGGCCCAAUUGGAGGAGCUGCAACAGCAGCGGAUUAUCCCAGAGCCCAAGGUCUCCUCCUCGCCGCUGUGGCUAUCGGAACUGGAGGAGGGUCACGAGCCGGAUAGCUAUCCCUUUACGAACGCCAUCUCCGAGGCGAGGAGCAAGCUGCUGGGCAAGAUUAUGCCGGAGGAGCAGGCCAAGGAUAAGAAGAAGCAGGUGGAUUGGCUGCCCACUGAGGUUCCAGUUCCAGAGGUCCUUGAUCCCGUUAAACCACCCGAACUGAAUCGCCUGCUGGCCGAGAUUACCCCCGAUCUUACGCGGAGCAGCAGCAAUGGAGAGAUGAGCCUGCUCCUUCAGCGAGCCAAGGACGCUUUGGGAAUGAACAACAACAACAACAAGGCAACGCAUCGGCUCCUGGACGACAGCAGCAGCAGCAGUAGUAGCUCCAGCUCCAGCUUGGAGCUGCCCUCCAGAUCGCCGAGCACGAAGCUCCAGCAAUCCAUGGCCAAGAUGCAGCUGCUCUUUGGCGGCGCCGUCGAUCCGGCUAAACCAAUCCCGGCCAGACGAACGGGCAGACCUGUGAGUGCACCCACAUCGGGAUUGGAAUCCGGCUUGAGGGACCACUUAACACUGCCACAACGACCCCAUACGGCGCCCACUCUUCAAGCGAUCAGCGAACAGAAUGAAUCACCCAUCCUCCAACUGGAUGUCUCCACGUCCAGCUCUUCGCAGAGAACGGCAGGCGAAGCUUUCGAGGAUCUGGUCACGAGUGCCGUUAAGCCCAUGCAUCACGAAUCCAGCCCAGAGGUCUCCUACAGCCAGGCGUUCUGGAAACGCAUGAAUCUGUGAAAUAUUCAAUGGGAAAAACUCAAUUAAUAUGUUAAAUUUUGUGACCUAAAACUGCAAUCGAAAACAUCUAAAAGUUCGUGGUUAAAUAUUCAAUAAACUGCCUUGAAAUGUA